AUGAAAGUGGUAUGGAGGAAGAACGGUCAACCAAUCAUUGCCUCACAACUCGUCCAAACUCAUCACGAACUCGGCUGGGCUACGCUCGAUAUCCCAAUGGCUAACGAAGAUCAUAACGGCAUUUACACUGUAACAAUUACCAACAGCGAAGGAGAGGCAGUAUCGACAGCACCAGUGAAGGUCACCAACUUGGCUCCAGUACUUGGCGAUACCAGACAUGAGGAAUCGUGGCGACGUAUCCAGAUCCUCGAAGCGCCACGAGAACCCGAGCCUGAAGCUCCAGCUCGCGUAUACGACCCUCCAUUCAUUACCACUCAACUCGAGGACAAGGAAUGCAACGAAGGCGAUCGUGUCCACUUCGAAGCCGUCUACGGCCCAGUCGAUGAUCCAAACCUACAAGUACAGUGGGUACGAAACGGCCAGCCACUCGCACACGGUUCCAAGUACGCGAUCAGCAAGGACUUCGGUAUCAGCACACUCGAUAUUGCUUACGCCUUCCCUGAAGACCAGGGUGUCUACCAAGUCCGUGUCUUGAGUCCAACUGGAGAAGCUGUGUCGUCAGCCACUCUGAAGUGUCACGGCAAGGACGCGAUUCUCGGUGACACACAACAUGCCGAAUCCUGGGCGCGUAUCCAAGAAAUCGAAGCUCCCAAGCCAAAGAUGGAAGAAGUUGAACCAGCACCGAAACCAGCACCGAAAUUCAUCAAGCCGAUCACAUCGCCAGGAGACCUUAUCGAAGGACAACCGGCUCAUUUCGAAGCCACCGUGGAACCUGUGGACGAUGCAAAUAUGCAGAUUACUUGGCUAUUGAACGGAGUACCUAUGCCGAACUCGUCCCGAGUGAAGACGAUCAACGAUUUCGGUUGGGUAAUAAUGGAUAUCAACCAAGUGGAACCACGAGACACUGGCGAAUGGACAUGUGUGGCGUCGAAUCCUGCCGGAGAAGCUCGAUGCAGUGCUCCGCUCAAUGUCACCAGCAGGGAAAAUAUCGUUCUCGACUCGUUGAAUCCGCAAUCACUUGACCGUAUCCGCGAGAUCGAAGCCGACAAACCAGCUGCACCCGAAGCACCUGCUCCAGUCUACCCAGCACCGAAAUUCACUGCUCCUCUUACAGUACAGGGAGCGCUCGAAGAGGCUGGCAGUGCUCAUCUUCAGGCUCAAUUCACACCAAUCGACGACCCGAACUUGAAAGGUCGAAUGGCUUCGCGACGGACCAUCCCAUCUUCCACUCCAACCGCUACCGUAUGGUGCACGAUUUCGGUUUUGCCGUUUUGGACAUUAUUCACACUUCUCGCUCACGAUACUGGAGAGUACACUUGCAGAAUUGUAAAUGAAGCCGGUGAAGACACCACAUCUGCACCGAUCAAGGUCGCGCCAAGCAGCGGUCUCAUCCUUCAUCCUCAGAACGAACAGAAGGCAAAGGCCGUCUCAGACCUUGAAGAAGUCCUGCACCGUAAACCAGAAGAAGCUGUUGUGGAAGUCAAGGAAGCAAUGCCGGUAUUCAUCGAACCGCUCUCAGCUCCAGUUGAGUGCGAUGAAGGUGAUCGAGCUCACUUCACGGCGAGAUACGAGCCGCUCAAUGACAAUAAACUACAGGUACAAUGGUUCCAUGACGGUCGUCCACUGAAGACUGGCUCUCGAGUGAAGACCAUCAACGAUUUCGGCUUUGUGGUCCUCGAGAUCAGCCCCGUCUAUCCAGAAGACAGUGGCGAAUAUUCAUGCCGCGCCAUGAACCUGGUGGGCGAAGCUGUGACCAGCACUCGACUCACGUGCAAUCCCAUAGAAAGAAUUAUACGCGAAUCACAACUGCCAGGCAAAAUGGCAGAAGGAGCUCAAGCAAGAAUUGGUGAGAUCGAGGCACCACGGCCAGCUCCUGAAGAGAGACCUGAUGUCGACUACGGACCACCUAAAUUCACCACACCGCUCGCCCAUUCUCCACCUGAACUUCUCGAAGGUCAAAUGGCUCAUCUCGAGGCGCAAGUCACUCCAGUUUUGGAUCCAACGUUGAAGAUCGAAUGGUUCCACGACGGCAAACCAAUGACUCAUUCAAACAGAAUGAAGCCAACCGAUUCCGUCAAGAAUUCGAAUUCGGCAGCGUACUGCUCACCAUCGUUCACGUUCUACCACACGAUUCUGGAGUUUUCACCUGCCGUGCCUACAGUCCACAAGGAGAGGCUACCACCAGCACCACUCUCAAAGUACCAGGCACCACUGCAGAACAUUGGUGUGGCUGAAGGAGAAUUCUGCCGAUUUGAGACUCAACUUGCUCCGAUUAAUGAUCCAUACAUGAAGAUUGAGUGGUUCAAGGACAAGAAACCUGUACUACUUGGCCAUCGCUUCCGAUCAACGAUAGACUUCGGAUUUGUCUGCCUCGACCUGCUUUAUGCGCUUCCUGACGAUACUGGCGAGUACACCUGCGUUGCUACAAACAAAUACGGACAAGCAGUGCUGACCGCGAAACUGGCCUGCCAAGGCGGUUCACAUGUAAUUACCGAGAGCCAGAUGCCACAGGGAAUGUUGGUGCACAAUGUGAAGAAGGAUAACAAGAAAAUCCACUGGACCGAGCAGGGACAAACACAAGUCCGAACGAAGCAAGCACCACAGUUCACCAUCAAGCCACGCAACACGCAGGUGGUGGAGAAUCAGCCUGCUCGAUUCGAAUGUGCUCUUGUGGGUAACCCGAAACCAAAGGUCACAUGGUACAUCAACGGAAACCAAGCUCUUCAUGGCCACCGCUACAAGUUGAACUACGACGGUCUGCAUUAUUUGACGAUCAGCAACUGCCGUAUUUCCGACGCUGGCGAGGUGUUGGUGAUUGCGAGAAACAGCGAGGGUGAAGUGCAGGCCACAUGCACCCUGGACAUCUUCCAGAAGAAGGACUUCCGUCAGCAACAGCUCAAACCGGCUCAGUUGAAAACACACGAAGAGCUACAGCAGCGCCAGAUCCAAUGGCAGAAGGAGACUCUUGGCAAACUGGGAGAAGCGUUCGAAGCAGCACCAAAACCGGACGCGCUCAAACUUAUGGAAGUGGAAAGGACCCGCCCACCAUUCGAACCCCUCGAGACAAAAGAGCUUGUGGACAAGUUCACGCGACCUCGCGACGACCAAUUCUACAGCCAGCUCUCUUACGUCAGUACUUGCGCUGUUAUGGUACCGUAUUACAGGCCAUAUUACCGUACUACUCUUCAGGUGGAAGCCCAGAAGCCACCGUUCAAGGGUAUGGAGUUGGAGCCAGUUCAGCUCAAGCCCGGCCAUGUCGAGCGAUAUCAACCACCACGGGAAGAAAUGGAAUCUGUCGAUCUACGUCCAAUACCUUCAAUGGAGAAACCUGCCCCUCAACCCGAACAACCAGAUUGGGCUCUAGAGGGUGGAGUCAAACUGCCCGGAAACGUUGAAGGAAGGUUCAAGAAAUUGGCUACGCCACCGCCAGAAGUGGAAGUGCCUGCUCGAGACCAAGUCUCACUGAAAGUCGCCAAGCCCAAGCCAGCUUCUGAGGUAGAAACUGGCGAACAUGUGCGAAUCGCUGAAGAAAAGGCGAAGUUGAAAGCAGUACAACAAGGUCCUGAACAACCCAAGGAAGAGAUCAUUCCGCACAAGCAACAAGUCGAGCUCAAGACUAAAUUCCAACCGAUCAUCGCGAAACCGGGAGAGAGCGUGAAGAUCGACAGCAAACCGCUCAAAGAGAUUCCACCAGUAGACAAGCCGUUGAUCGAAAUGCCGACAAUGAUCAGCAACAAGCACGAACAUCAUCAUGUGAUGUAUCAAGCAUAUCGGGAAUCGCGUACUGCCGUCGACGGUAUCGCUAUGGAACACCUGUCCGUCGACAUGGACGAACACACUGUUCAACGUACCGUAUACCAAUUCUCGCCGAGACCACGUGAACGCAUCGUCAGUUUCCAUAUGGUCCGGCCUCAACCAACGAAGAUCGGUGUCUCCAAACAGGCUCCUCCAACUGUUUCACAGCAAUUGAAACCUAUUCAAGGAGAACCCGGAAAAGCUGCCAAGUUCUACGUUGCCUUCGAUGGUGCCCUACCAAUAAAGGUUACGUGGUUCAAAGAUGGAAAAGAGAUCAAGAGCAGCUUCCGAAACCAGAUCACCACCACCAACAACGGUUCCACCUUGCAUAUCGGACGAUUGGAGAACAACCAUGUCGGCGAGUACAUGGCUCGAUUGGAGAACGUCGCUGGAACGAUCGAAACCACGGCUAACUUGACCCUCACAGCUCCAGUGCAGAAGGGUAAGGCACCGGAUUUCGCCACCAAGCUCAACGACCUUCGUAUCGUCCAAAAUGCUCCCGCUGUAUUCACGUGCAGUAUCACCGGUGAACCCAAGCCGAUCGUGAACUGGUUCAAGGACGGACAACAACUGCCAAAUACCGGACGAUUCCAAGCCACUGAAACCGACGGACAGUACAGACUCUCCAUUUCGAACAUUCUGCCGCAGGAUGUGGGAAUCUAUGAAUGCGUCGCAAAGAAUGCUGCUGGAGAAGCGAGAUGCAAAGCUCGACUGAACGUGAAUCUGACCCAGACCGGUAAAGGAUCGGAAGAAGGACCACGAUACGAGGCACCCCGAUUUACUACUCAAAUUCAACCUAUAAUUGUCGACGAGGGCAAAUCUGCCACUUUCACAGCCAAGUUCACCGGAUUCCCAGCGCCAACUAUUCGAUGGUACCGUAACAACGAACCAAUUAAGCGAUCAGCUGGUCACGAGAUUUCCCAGACGAAGGAUGAAGCGAAGCUGACCAUCACGUCCUGUCAGCAGGAAGACGUCGCUGAGUACAAGGUCGAGGCCAGCAACCCCGCUGGUAAAGCAUCAUCGGUGGCAAAUCUCGUCCUCACUCCAAAAGUUGGCCGCAUCGCGAAGACAACCAUAACAAGGGGUGGAAUGGUAGCUUACGACGACAAGCCUGCUUCGGACGCCCCACACUUCGUGUCGCGAUUCAGUGACAUUACUGCCCGUCAAGGUCACACCGUCAAAUUCGCCUGCGACAUAGAUGGUAAUCCCAUGCCCACGGCCGAAUGGCUGUACAAUGGAAAACCUCUGGCAGCAUCAAAAGAUAUCAAGAUGACACUCGAAGGGAAACGAGCGGUACUGGAGAUCGCCCGAGUAACGCACAAUCACGCCGGCGAUUACCAGAUCGUGAUUCGAAAUCCAAAAGGAGCCGCCCAGUGUAAAGCUCGUCUUAUCCUCAGUGAGUUCUCUUCAAAUUUCAUAUUUGAUAAACGAUGA